GGGUGGUAUAAAUGCGUUAUUUUCAUGGAGUUUGCAGCGGCCAAGGUCGUUCAGGACUGUAAGCUGCGACCUAUAAGUUUUCUACAUUGUGUGAUCUUCGAGCGGAAUAUAAUCUAACCCGUACCAAUUCAUAGUUUGUUAAACCACUGUCGUGUGUAGUUAACCCACUUUUGACAAGGCUCAGGCAGUUCAUUUUAAAGCCAAGGUUUUUACAAAACCGCCGCUCGCUGCAAUUUCUGAAAGAGCAACGCCCCCAUAUAACAUGUAUUGCUCAUUAUAAAAGCGGACGUAUUUACAAUUUAGCAUAGCGUGUUUUUGUCUGGUAACAUACAUUGUGGAUUAUUGACAAGAACAGUGAACGUGUCCAGAUAAUCUGACAUCGUUAUUCGUAAUACAAGGUACCAAACGUGACAAAAUCAUGACUUUCGCUUAUCCUUGCAACCACAUGCCUCCUUGGAUGGUGAUUUGGUUCUGCAUCACGGCAAUCAUCUGCACCAGUGACGCGAGCUUCAUCGUCUUCCGUCCUCACACCUUGCCCGGAGGGAUAGCGCAUAACCUUUUCUUCUUUUAUAAGUACUACAUCUACACCGAUCGACGGUACAAUGACAUGCAGGAUUCAUACGUCCUGACGCAAAGCUUAAUGAAUUACGUCGAAGUGAUACUGAACAUUGUGGUGUUAUAUUGUCAUUGUCGUCGUUCAAUCUACACCAGAAUCAUCGCUUUUACCGUAUCGGUAAUGACCUUUUGGAAAACAGUUCUUUAUAUCGCAAUGUUUUACGAACUGGCCGGUGGGAAGGAUUAUCGUUCAGGAAAUACUAUUCAAGACGAGAUUUUAUUGGUUCUUAUUCCAAACGGCAUUUGGAUCCUUCUUCCGGCGCUUUGCAUUCUGUGCCUUUGGGCUCACUUGAUGAACUCACAGCGAGAAUCAACUUCUGCAUACAAACUGAAGGAAUCAUGAACAUCUACUUGUCGGCAAUAGUUUAAUCCGAACAAUAUGUGUUUAAUUUAAAAUGACUAAUGUAUAUAUUGUAAAUGGUAUUAUAUACUGUGAGAAAUGUGGCAAUUAAAAAACUGAAAUGAAUUGGUAAAAGAAAAAAGCAACACGGCUAUGUUCACCGUUUAUGUAAUAAAUAUUAAAUGAUAUUUACUGAUAUAUCUAUUGAUGGGUUCAUGUAUAAAAAUUAAAUUUGAAACGUGUCCGAAAACCUCAUUUUUGGAUUCAAAUAAAAUGUUGACGAAUACAAACCUCCCCCUAUCAAGGGGAUAAUACUGGAAUCGAUGCGUGCUAAUGUAUGUUCAAGCACCGUUUAAAAAGAGCAUACGUUGUUUAAAACAAUGCAAAACAUAAUAUCUUGUGUAUGUUUCAAUCUGGCAGAUGUACGAGUUUUAGGCCAAGUAAAGAUGCAUACCCUG